AUGGACAAUGGACUUGGCAAAUUUGAGCUAGGAGGCAAUUUUGGUAUUGAAAAAGUCUUCUCGUGUGAUGGUGGUGGUGGUGGCACUGAAUUUUCUGGCUGUGACGAGUUAGGAGGCAAUGGUGGUGACACUACUGGUGUCAAAGGCAAGCUUUCAUGCGGCGAUUUUGAGCUAGGAGGCGAUGUUGGUGGCACUACAGCAGGUGGCUUAGAAGAACCUUUAUGGUGUGAUUUGUGCUUCGAACGUUUCGGUUGCUCUGAAGUUGGAGGCAAUGCCGAUGGUUCAGGUGGUGAAGAAGUGCUUUCAUGGGACGAUGGUGGCAUCGGAGACGAUGUUGUCGGAGGUAACCGUGUCUCUGGUGGCGGAGGCAAUGGUGCGAAUUGGGGUGGUGAUGAAGCGAAGAUCGGUGGCAAUGGAGGCAGCUUAGGCUUGGGCAAAGGAGGAAUAGCCUGUGACUGUGACAAUGUCUUCGUGGAUUGA